UUGAGCUCCUCAAACCAACUCCCAAGAUUUUGGCAAUUUUGCAUGCAAACUGUUCUUACCAAUUCAAGAAUCGCAGAUCCAUUACUGGUUUUUGUAACAGAAGCUGAAGAGAAAGACAAAGACAACGAUGAUGAAUGCUUUGGCUUUAGGUCUUGUCUUGACAUCGCUUGUAACUGCAGGGUUUUUCAAUCCAAGCCCAGAAAAGCAGGUUUCCAAAGAAGAUGUUAUAGUGAAAGAAGGGCACAGGGUAGUUGUGGUUGAGUAUGAAAAAGAUGAUGGAAACACAAAGGUUUUGAUCUCACCGCAGGAAUCCCUGAUAUCCCAUAAAUUUGCUGAAACCGGGUUUGCUGCAAAUGCGAAGGAUAAAUUGUCUGAAAAAAUGGAGGAUGCAAAGGAGAAGAUAAAAGAGGUUUCCUCUUCUGUUGUCCCUGAUGUGGGGAAAGUAGGAAAUCAAGAAGAAGAAAUUCAUCACAGGUUUAGCCCUGGAGAGCUUGUGUGUGAUGCCUACGGCAAGUGUAAGCGUAUAAUUGCAGGUGCUGUGGGGAAAACGAAGGAGGCGGUGGCUGAAACGGGUCACGAGGCGGCGGAUAAGGUUUAUUCCUCGAAGGAAGGGGCGAAGGAGGCUGUGAGUGAGGCCGUUGGCAAAGUUAAAGAUACUGCUACUCAUGCAGCCCACAAGGUUUCUGAUAAAAUCCAAGAAGCGAAGGCAAAUGUGAAGGAUUCUGCAAGUGAGAUUUCAAGCAAAGCAAAGCAGGAAGCUGCUCAAAAAGCCAGAGGGGUGAAAGAGCAGGCGGAGAAGGUGAAACGACACGUUUAUGAUGCGGUCGACGCUGCCAAGAAAGUUAAAGAAGAUACAGAGAGAGAGACAUCAAGAAAGAUGGAGGGUGCUAAAGAAAUGGUGUCAGAGAAGGCAGAAGAAUGGAUGGAAAAUGCCUCUGGUAGAGCAAGAGAAACUAUUCGCGUGAAAAAGGAAAGGCAGAAGGAACUGAGUGAAAUUCUGCGGAAUGCUCGUGAAGUUGCAGUCGAUGUUUUCAACUACAUGCUGCCACCGGAGAGGGUUGCGUCAUUCAUGGGUAUUUUGCAUUUAAUGGGAUUCGCAGCUGCUUAUGGGAUGUGCGUGUGGAUUACUUUCGCAUCGAGUCACGUUUUGGCAGGGGCAUUACCUAGGCAGCAGUUUGCAAUGGUGCAAAGCAAGAUUUAUCCUGUGUAUUUUAAGGCCAUGGCUUAUAGUGUGGGAAUGGCGUUGUUCGGACACUUGAUGAUGAGUCUGAGCCAGAGGAAAGGUUUUGUCCCAGUCAGUGGGGGGAUGUUCCAAGGCUUCAACAUUAUGGCGUCGCUUGCGAUGAUCUUGGUGAAUCUGCUGUUCAUGGAGCCUCGCGCAUCCAAGGUAAUGCUUGAAAGAAUGAAGAAGGAGAAGGAAGAAGGCAGCGGAAAAGAAGGCCAGGCAACCGAGCCAACUGGCAGAGUGGCGGAUUCAGAUUCAACUGCUGCAGCAGCAGGUAGAGUUACAACAGGUGGGACGACUACAAAGGAAAAUCCGGACGCAGCGUUAGCAAAGGCUCAAAUCAUCCGGUUAACUGCAACCCUGGAAAGGCUGAAUUCUUACUCAUCCUUCCUCAAUGUUUUGACUCUCACGUCGCUCACUUGGCACCUAGCUCAGCUAGGCCAGCAUCUGCACACUGCUUGUUGAUGGUGCCUAGCGAAGUCUUGCGUGUUGCCUCUCUCUGUUUAUGAAAAUGUAGUGUGGUUGUGGCAAUCAUAUUGAAUUGCUGAUAUGGCUCAUGGGGUUGUGCUGGUGUUGAUUUUGUAGAUGGUGUAAUAUGAGACGGAAUGUCAAUUUUCUGAAGCAGGAACAACCUAAGACUGUUAACAUACUAUC